GGAGGCACAACUUCCGGAGGGAGGCGGAAGCGUCUCUUGGCUCUAAGCUCGGGAAUCCCGGGACGGCUGAGGGACUAGCGGGGCUUCAGGAAGGGGCCGCCGGUGCAGGCUGGCUACACUCGGGGUGUCGGGGCCGCGAGCCUGAGGGAUGAAGAGGGGCCAUGGCUAGCGACGGGACCAGGAAGCAGUUUUGGAAGCGCAGCAACAGCAAGGUCCCGGGCAGCAUCCAGCAUGUGUAUGGCGCCCAGCACCCCCCGUUCGAUCCUCUGUUACAUGGCACCUUGCUCAAGGCCGCGCCCAAGGUGCCCACCACGCCGGUGAAGGCCAAGCGAGUCAGCACCUUCCAGGAGUUUGAGAGCAACACUAGCGACGCCUGGGAUGCCGGCGAGGAUGACGACGAGCUCCUGGCCAUGGCGGCGGAGAGCCUGAACUCCGCCGUUGUCAUGGAGACGGCCCACCGCGUCCUGCGCAACCACAGCCAGCGGCAGGGCCGCCACCGGCCGCGGGAGGCUGCGGAGCCCAAGCAGAUGCCAGAGCCGUCGCCGGAGCCUCCUGUGGUCCUGAGCAGUGACCUCCGGCUGGUGAAGUCUGUCAGCGAGAGCCACGCGUCCAGUCCCCCAGGAAGUGCCAGCGCCACUGUCCCUCUGCGCAGGUCCCCGUCUCUCCCCAGCUCCGCGACCGUCGCACUAGGGGUGUCCGACCCCAGUGCCCUCAGCAGCUCGGCCUUAAGUGAAAGAGACGCCUCCCGGCUGGACAAGUUCAGGCAACUGCUCGGCGGCCCCAACACAGACCUCGAGGAACUUCGGAAGCUGAGCUGGUCGGGGGUCCCGAAGCCCGUCCGUGCCGUCACGUGGAAGCUGCUCUCCGGUUACCUUCCGGCCAACGUGGACCGAAGACCGGCCACUCUCCAGAGAAAACAGAAAGAAUAUUUUGCUUUUAUUGAUCACUAUUACGACUCCAGGAACGAUGAAGUUCACCAAGAUACCUACAGACAGAUCCACAUAGACAUCCCCCGCAUGAGCCCCGAAGCGCUGGUCCUUCAGCCCAAGGUGACGGAGAUUUUCGAGCGGAUAUUGUUCAUAUGGGCCAUACGCCACCCGGCCAGCGGGUACGUCCAGGGGAUGAACGACCUGGUCACCCCGUUCUUCGUGGUCUUCCUCUGCGAACACACAGACGACGAGGACGUGGACACGGCUGACGUCUCCCGCGUGCCCGAGGACGUGCUGCGCAACGUGGAGGCCGACACGUACUGGUGCAUGAGCCGGCUGCUGGACGGCAUCCAGGACAACUACACCUUUGCCCAACCUGGGAUCCAGAUGAAGGUGAAAAUGCUGGAGGAGCUGGUGCGGCGGAUCGAUGAGCAAGUGCAUCGGCACCUGGACCAGCACGAGGUGCGGUACCUGCAGUUUGCCUUCCGCUGGAUGAACAACCUGCUGAUGCGGGAGGUGCCUCUGCGCUGUACCAUCCGCCUGUGGGACACCUACCAGUCGGAACCCGAGGGCUUCGCGCAUUUCCACCUGUACGUGUGCGCCGCGUUUCUCGUGAGAUGGAGGAAAGAGAUCCUGGAAGAGACGGGCUUCCAAGAGCUGCUGCUCUUCCUCCAGAACCUGCCUACAGCCCACUGGGGCGACGAGGACAUCAGCCUGCUGCUGGCCGAGGCCUACCGCCUCAAGUUUGCCUUCGCGGACGCCCCCAAUCACUAUAAGAAAUGAGCCCGGCCCCUACGCACCAGCUGGCUGUAGGCCUGUGGCCGAGGAGAGGCCUUGCUGGAGCAGCUCACCAGGACGGGGCGCCAGGUGUGGCCCAGGGCCUGGCGAGGGCCGGGCAGCUUCUAUUUUCUGAGAUACCAAAGAGAGCCAGGACAGGGUCCCGGCUGCGUGAGGCCGGGGAGUUCAGGCCUCCCCUCCUCUGACCCUGGAGCAUCUUUGCCAAACGCCCUUGGGGAGGCCUGCUAUCCCGGUGCCCGGGCACAGGGAGGGGGCAGCCAUCCCGUACCUACUUGGAAAUUUUGAAAUUCUAUUCUGUUGAGUGAAAGAGAAUAAAAUACAGACCAAGUCCUAAGCGAAGCGUUGCACUAACCCUGAAGCCCUGUGCUCUCCAGGCCUCUGCAUUUGGCUGUGUUUCUGUGCCUGACACUUUGUGUCCCCGUGUACUUGCUUUCUCGGCUCGAACUUGGCAGGAGAGCAGAAGCCGAGAGCCUGCGGGAGGGGCUCUGGCUGCAGCAGGCGGGGAGCAGAGCGAGGGCUCUGGAAAUCGCCUUACUUUCUGUCCGCAACCUCUGAUGAGAGAACCGUGGAGCCCGCACGCGACUGGACCAUCCUGCCAGGAGGUGGCGCAUCUGGCUCAGCGGGGCCACCUGGACAGGCGGGGCCAGCCGCUCCUGGUCAUCAUCCGAGCCGUGGCCAGUUCUGCUCGGCCUGUGCCCACACCCGCACCCACUCGGGUGGCCCAGGUUCCUCUUCCUGCUGCACCUCGGAGGUGUUGGUCCCUGGGGCAGUGAGCCCAGGUGCCAAAGGGCCCAGCCUGGCCUGCCCGGGAUUCUGCUGUCACAGGAGCGUGGCCGCCAGUGGCAUGGACACCCCUGUGGGGCUCUGGGCCACAGCCACAGCCUUGGACCCCCGAGCCCAGGUCAGGCUCCCGACCUCAGCGGCCACCUCCGCCCUCAGCCACUCACCUGCUGGCAGGCGUUUCUUCCUGCCACGUGCCAGCCCGCCUGCAGCAUCCAGGCCCCCGCCCUGUCUUUGCUCAGCUCAGGUGCCAGGAUGCUGCCCGGAUGCUGCAAAACUGAGGCUAGGAACCGAGAGACACAUGUGCGCUGGGCAUGUGGUCCUUUUUUAUUAAAAGGGUUCUUGGGUGCUUACAUGUGCCUGGAAAUCAGCACAAAUAUUGUGCAGGUGCCAGAAACUCCCAGAUCAGCAGAGGGACCUGCUUGCCUUAGACGAGACGGGAGCACCCCCUCCCCGGCCGGGAUCAGGGUUCUGCCCCCACCAGCACCCCUGGGCCCCCAGCCCACAGCUGCUCUCCCGCCGGGAAGAGGGACGUCCUGCUUGGCCCCCGGGUGCUGCCCGCCGCAGCUCAGGUCGUCUGCACGGCUGCGGGGUUGGGGACACAAGGGCUGUUCCGCUGGAGGCCGGUUACUUGUCAGGCAGGAAGGCACCACGGGGCGCAGUGAGGCUCUGAGCUGCGUGUGUGUGUAAACCUGGAACAAUCCGGAGGUGUUGCCAGGUCCUGGGCGUCUGAGCCGCUCUCUCUGCAGCGAUUAAAGCUGCUCUGUCUGGAAUAUGAUGCACUAAAACAUGGAAUAAAGCUGCGGUGAAACCCC